AUGGCGUCUUUGGUCUAUGAGGAGGCGUGGGUCAACUCCUGCUACACUUCGUUUAUCAUGCUCGAUUUCAUUUUAAAAAAACUUCACAUCGACAUGUAUACGUUUGUCACAGGAGAGAGCUCAAUCAGCAAAGAAAAAAUGAAGGAGAUGCUUCAAGUUCAGAUGUUUACAGCAAAAGACUUGUUUCCCCUUUGGAAGAAUGGCACCAGCUUGUGUACCUCUUUUGCCACUUAUAUCGCGUCGCAUCCCAAGAACAGUGACCACCCUACAAUGUUUCAAUUCACCGAGCUCAACCGAAUACAUCGUGCAUGUUUUAGUACCCAACUCUGCUUUAUCGGGAUAAUCAUAUGGAAGCCUUAUCAAUAUCGUAUCUCAUGGAGCGAACUUCUACUAAACAAGACAUCAAAUAAGAUGCAAAUAUACGAGUAUUCUGUCCAAUUCUCCACGGCUACAGAAGGUGCCGAAGCAAAAGAAGCCAUUUCUAUAUACUUCUAUCGCUUUGUUCGGUUUUGCGAGCACGAGAACAGAGCCAGACAGUACGCACUGGCAUCGCCCACUUUUAUAUUAUCUAUACAGUGA